AUGUCCGUCGUUGUCACUCAGGCCUCCCAUUCCGGCUGCAUGGACGAUGAGCUGGCUGCUCUGGCGCUGCAGCUCGAGGAGCUUGGUGUCUACUCCGAUUCUGGCAAAGGGAAGCAUCCCAUGGACCAACCUCCCGAUAUCGACCUUGCCUAUCGCCAAUUCCAGGAAGAGCUUCAAGCUUACACGAACUUUCUUGCCGACCAAAAGCUUGCUCAGAGCAUUGGCGCUGCUGUCCACUCUGACAGCAUUGCCAUUGGAGACCUUACCCACCAAGAUGUUCAAGCCCAUGAAGACCGCCGUUUUGCGCUGGAGUUGAGCAGCAACGACCCUGAGAUUGAAGCCCCGCCUCCAGUUGUGCACGGCGAUCUUCAAGGUGAGGUCUACGACUGGAUGUCUACCGUAUCCGGAAAUAUCGCUGCUACCUCAGUCGUCGAGUUCUCCGAUGAUGAGACAGAGGCCGGACCGUCUAUGUCCUACUUGGAGCGCCAGGCCGAUAUCAUCAGAAAAUUAUCGACGGAGUUCAAGUGCUGCACUUGUCUGGACCGCUUCCCCCGCGCCUCCAUGGUCAAAGCAAAAUGUGGCGAUCGCUACUGUGUUGGUUGCGUGAAGGAACUCUUCAUGCGGUCAACAAAAGAUGAGGUUCUGUAUCCUCCUAGGUGUUGCAAGCAACCUAUUCCGCUUGACCUGGUCGCCAGGCACAUGGCUCCGGACGAACUGACUAUCUUUGAGCUGGCGGUCGUGGAAUACGCCACGCUCAAUAAGACGUACUGCAGCAACCACGACUGUAACACCUUUAUUUGUGUCCCAAAUGUGAUACGGACACCUGUUCUCUCUGCAACAAAGCCUUCCAUGGGGAGACUGACUGCCCUGACGACCCGGCGCUUCGACAAACUCGGGAGUUGGCACGCCAGAUGGGAUGGCAGACCUGUUAUUCCUGUGCCCGAGUGGUGCAGCUGCGAAGCGGUUGUAACCAUAUGA